AUGCAGCUAGUUCUUCUGGGGUUUGGGAAUCUCCAAGAUCUGAAAUAUUUAAUUUUUGUCUUGUUCCUAAUAUGUUAUGUUAUCAUUAUAUUUGGGAACUCCUUGGUAAUCAGUUUAAUAACUACAAAUAAAAAACUCCAUUCACCCAUGUACUUUUUCUUGUGCAAUUUAUCUGUUUCUGAGAUACUCUUCACCACCAUACUUCUGCCAAACAUAUUGUAUGUUAUCUGGGGAAAUGGUGGGUCAAUUUCAUUUUAUGGUUGUAUUACUCAGUAUUACUUGGGAGCAUCGGUGGGAAGCAGUGAAUGUCUUUUCCUUACAGUAAUGGCCUAUGACCGAUAUUUGGCUAUUUGCAACCCACUGAGGUAUUCAACCAUCAUGAAUAACAAAAUGCAAAAUCACCUAUCUUUGUGUUCCUGGCUUCCUGGAUUUAUAGCAAUGGCCUUCUUAGUUAUCUCCAUCUGCAACUUAAAGUACUGUGGGUCCAAUAUUAUUGACCAUGUGCUUUGUGACCCGGUCUUGUUUUUGCAGUUGUCUUCUACUGACACCUACUUAUUUGAAAUUGUAGGUUCAAUAGUCACCUUUCUUUUUUGUCUUCUCCCAUUUACACUGAUAAUUUUGAGCUAUGUCUCCAUAUUUUUCACUAUACUGAGAAUUCCUUCUCGGACCAGCAGACGGAAAUCUUUCUCCACUUGCAGUUCCCAUCUAGCAUCUGUUUUCAUGUACUUUGGAACAAUCAGCAUUCUUUAUUUAGUUCCUUCUCAGCAGCAUUCAUUCACACUAAACAAGAUUAUGUCUUUGAUCUACUCUGUUGUGAAUCCGCUGCUAAAUCCCAUGAUUUACAGUCUACGAAAUCAAGAGAUGAAGUCCUGCAUAGUCGCAUAUUUUGCACCAAAAAAAACAUGA